AUGGUCGAGUUCCUUGACAAGGCCUCUGAGCUUGCCGCUGAUACGCUUGGCAGCCUGUUCAAGCCAAAGUACAGCAAGCUAGGCUUCCCCUUGCUCAAUUCCGACCCUGUGCUGGAUGCUGCGAGAUGGGCUGGCUUCGAAGUGGUGGAGUACGAUCUGCCACCUUAUCCUCUGCGCACAGCAGGCAUCAUCGCCAUCCGCAUGAUGAGCUUCAUGUUCUUCACCAGCUUUGUCGCCCGCUUGCUCUACUACCACGUCGCUACCAAGAGCCAGGUGCUCAGGUACGGCUGUGUGGGCGGCCUGAGCGCCGUUCUUCUCGCUUGGCCCAUCGUGACUGGCAUGAGCGGCUGCAUGAUGCUCGACUUUUGGCGUCCAGCUCUUGGUUUCCGUUCAUCCCUUUUGGUGUACGACAUUUUUGUGAUUCGGACUCGCCAAGAGAUUGACAGCUGGAACUUCGCUCGAUUCUUCUGCGGCCUCUGGGCAUUCCCAAAAGAGGAGGAUGACAUCGAGGAGCGCACCAAAGCUGAAGGUUUCAAGAGAAACGCGCGCAUUGAGAAUGCAAAGGGAUACCCGAAGGUGCUGGUGGAGGGAAUCAUCUUCCUCCUGACGCUUUACAUCAUUCCGCCUUACGAGAUCGCCAAGGACCUACCUCAACUGAAGUACCACCUCUAUUGCGAUGCUUUGGGCGUUUCGAUCCUCAUGGCAUUGGCUCUCUUCGGAGAUGGGUUGCUCAAGGGUCUCGGUAUCAUCUUCAACGUCGAGAUGCAAGACAUGUUUGAGAGCCCCCUUUCGACCAUCAACAUCCGUCUCUUCUGGUCGCACUGGAAUCGUGCAAUUGCCUCCGUCUUCCAUCGUGUCAUUUUCGGCGGCCACAAGAACAAGAAGGUGUCGAACAACGGGCCUACCAAGUCGCAGCAGAUUGCGGCAAGCAAACGCGUCCGCGAGCUUGCUCAAGCCAAGCGCAAGACGUACGACCACCUCUCAGAGACAGAAGCUGAGCACAGCAAGACUGACGACGAGGAGCACGAUCGUCGCGCCAAGAAGAACGGACUCAAGAUGACCCCCACGAAACCGGCGCAGCCCCAAGCCAAGCCUGCGAAGCGCUCACCCUUCCUGCCAAAGGCCGUUGCGGCCGUGGUCACAUUUGCUGCUAGCGGCAUCUUCCACGAGCACAUUACGUACAGCACGAUGGGCCAGGCGGAUGGCAUGAACUUCCUUUUCUUUGUGCUGAACGGCCUUGCGACAGUGGCCAGCACGUGGUUCAGACGUACCUACCCAGAGAUCAACAACAAGAUUCCGACCAUCGUUGCCGUGCUCCUCCUCCACUCCUUCUUCCUUGCUGUCGUGCCCUUGUUCUGCAACAUCUUUAUCAAGACCGGCUUCUUCAUCCAGAUGGAGGCCCUCAAGUACGAGAUUCUGCCGGUCAACUUCAAGACUCGAGGCAGCUUCAUCUACAUCUUUGGCAAAUGA